UCUAUGAUAAUUCCCAAUAUGGUCUACAACUAAAUGGGGCCAUGAGGGCUGGUAAUGGUGGUGUUGGUGGCGGUGGGGGUCUUGGAACAGAUGGCACUUCUUACUAUUUCAAUCCCUUUGCUACAGGUUUUGAUUUUUCGGCCACAAAAUUGCAAGCCACAGCACCGGAAUUUGUGCCUCGUUUCGAUAAACUUUCGUUGAACGAAAGCAAUCAACAAACACAGUUGGCCCCAGUCGCUCCAGCUGAAGUUAUUGUUGCCUCAAUGGACAUCUAUAAAAAUCCUUUUCAAGGAAUUGCAUCUGAGGCUAAGUGCCCGGCUGUUGCGACAAGGGAAGCUACAAGUCUAGCCAUUGAAGCAACGAAUAAUAGAAAUAGUAAUCCUAAUGAGGAGAAACCCAUGGCCGACACUAGUUUUGAGAAGGAGGAGAAACGCCAUCAACAUCGUCAAGAACGACGCAACAAUCGCCAGACAAACAACAAACAGGAUAAAGAGAACAAUAGGCGUAGCAAUAAUCGUUUGGAAAAGAAUAUGGAGAGAUUUUCUAGAAAUUUACAAGAGAAAAAUAUGAACAAUGAUUCGGCUUCCAAUUCGAAUUCGUCCACACCUUCCCUAACCAUUAAUGGCAGCAGUGGCGGUGCUGGAGCUGCUGGAAGUUCUGGCAAUGGCCAGCAACAGACAAAUUCAGGUGUCCAAAAAAAUACGGGUGCCUUUAGUAAGUUUCAAAAUUACAACAAAAAUGGGGGCGAUCGUUUUAGGAACAACAACAACAACAAUAAUGGACCCUCUUCUGCUACGGGCAACUAUGAGUCCCCGGAUAAUCAAGAGAAAAUGGAUAAAUACAGCAACAAUAAUAACAAUAACAACAACAACAACAAACGUUAUCAAAAUGGCCGUCGCUCUCAGGACUUUGGUGGUGGUGGCGAUCGUGAAGAACGCUUCGAUCGCUAUGAACGCGAACGGCCCGAGCGUGGGGAACGCGCCGAGCGAGGGCGCAAUCAACGCAACGAUUACCAUCAGCGCUAUGACAAUUAUCGCAGCAAUAAGCGACGCGAUGAUUGGAAUCGUAAUCGUGACCGCAUCAACGGCUUCCGUGUGGAGGAGAAAUACUCCUAUGACAAUGGCAAAGACAGUCCCCUGCCUAGUCCCGAAAAGAAAUCAUCACCCAAAAAGGUCUAUCCAGAAAAUGAAAAGCUUUCGCAGCGUGAAAAAUUGAUGCGCGACAUUGAAUGCCGCCGUUUGGAGUGCCUGGUGUGUGUGGAGGCCAUAAAAUCGCAUCAGUCUGUGUGGUCCUGCCACAACUGCUAUCACAUACUUCAUUUGCAGUGCAUUAUAAAAUGGGCCUCAUCCUCGAAAUCGGAUGAUGGUUGGCGUUGUCCCGCCUGUCAAAAUGUCGAGAAGGAGGUGCCGCGUGACUAUUAUUGCUUUUGCGGCAAGCAAAAGAAUCCGGCCAACAAUCGCCAAGACAUAGCCCACUCCUGUGGCGAGGUGUGUGCCCGCGUUGAAGGCUGUCCCCAUGCCUGCACACUGUUGUGUCAUCCGGGGCCGUGUCCCCCUUGUCAGGCCCAGGUACGACGCGAAUGUGGCUGUGGCAAAACCUCGAAAACUAUGCAAUGCUGCAUCAAGGAGACCAUCGAGUGCGACUCCACCUGUGAGAAGUUGUUGAACUGUGAGUUGCAUGUGUGCCAAGAGAAAUGCCAUGAGGGCAAAUGUCCCGCAUGCAAGGAGAAAGUCGAUCAGAAAUGUCAUUGUACCAAAAAUGAACGUCAGGUGACCUGUACGCGUGAGUCCCAUGACAAACACGUCUAUUCGUGUGGCAAGCCCUGUGGCAAGGAUUUGGCCUGUGGCAAUCACAAGUGUAACCAAUGUUGUCAUGCGGGCGAAUGCAAACCCUGCAAAAUGAGUCCCGACAUUGUCACCUCAUGUCCUUGCGGCAAAAUGCCCAUAGUGGGGGAGCAGCGCAAGUCCUGCCUGGACCCGGUGCCUGUGUGUGAAAGUGUCUGUGGCAAGACUUUGAAAUGUGGCAAAGCCACCAACCCCCACCACUGCACCUUCAAAUGCCAUUUGGGCAAUUGUCCUCCUUGCAGCAAACAGACUGCGGUCAAAUGUCGUUGCGGUCACAUGGAUCAAAUGAUUAAAUGCCGCCAAUUGUCUACAAGGGCCGAUGAUGCCCGUUGCAAGAAACGUUGCACCAAAAAACGUUCUUGCGGCAAGCAUAAAUGUAACCAGGAAUGUUGCAUAGAUAUCGACCACCUCUGCACACUGCCCUGCAACUAUACGCUGUCAUGCGGCAAACACAAAUGCGAUCAGCCCUGUCAUCGCGGCAAUUGUCCGCCCUGUUAUCGUUCCUCCUUUGAGGAGCUCUUCUGUGAAUGUGGCGCCGAGGUUAUCUAUCCGCCAGUGCCAUGCGGCACAAAACGGCCAGUCUGCAAGCGUCCCUGCUCCCGUAAGCAUCCUUGUGAUCAUGCACCUCAGCAUAAUUGUCACUCAUCGGCCACGUGCCCACCCUGCAUGAUGUUCACCACGAAGUGGUGUUUUGGUCAUCAUGAGCAACGCAAGACAAUACCCUGUUCGCAGCAAAGCUUCUCGUGUGGUCUGGCCUGCAACAAGCCUUUGUCGUGCGGGCGCCACAAAUGCAUUAAGACUUGUCAUGAGGGUCAGUGCCAAACUGAGGGUGAUAUAUGUAAACAGAGCUGUACAACGCCACGGGCUAACUGUGGGCACAAGUGUAUGUCACCAUGUCAUAAUGGGGAUUGUCCGGAGACACCUUGCAAGGAAAUGGUUGAAGUUCAAUGCGAAUGUGGCAAUCGCAAACAAAUGCGCACCUGCGCCGAAUUGGCUCGUGAAUUUAGUCGCAUUGCCACCGCUCAAUUGGCCUCAUCAAUGGCAGAAAUGCAACGAGGUAAUUACAUGGAACUAUCGGAGAUACUAGCACCUGUCAAGCUCACCAAUAAAUCCAACAAAACUCUCGAUUGUAAUGAUGAAUGUCGUUUGCUUGAACGUAAUCGCCGCCUGGCUAUAGGACUGCAGAUACGCAAUCCCGAUUUGCCACAAAAGUUGUUGACAAAAUAUUCUGAUUUCAUUAGGAAUUUUGCCAAACGUGAUCCGGCUCUAGUGAAAUCCAUACAUGAAGCGUUAACAACACUGGUCAAGCUGGCCAAGGAGAGCAAACAGAAAUCAAGAUCGCAUUCUUUUCCCACCAUGAAUAGGGAGAAACGUCAAUUGGUACAUGAGAUGUGUGAAAUGUUUGGUGUCGAAUCGGUGGCUUAUGAUGCGGAACCCAAUCGCAAUGUUGUAGCCACCGCCUAUAAAGAGAGAUCUUGGCUUCCAGCUACCAGCAUCAUGGAGGUAAUGGCUCGUGAAGCUGGCCAAAGACGUGUGCCAGUGCCAAGUAACAAUGCCUGGGGCAUCAAGAGAUAAUGCUAAUGAAAAAUGCCUACCAUCACCUCUCAACCCCCCUAAGAAACUAUUCAUACUUCAAAAUUUUCUGUUACGGUCAAAUUCGAUAUUAUGCCAUUACAAAUAUUUAAGACAAAAGUUUACUUUUUUUAAGAGAGAUAAUUAAUUGAUUUCAGUCCCUACGACUGUUUUCAUUAAUGGGCUGAAUUCAAAAUCAUUUGAUUCAGAGGUCAUCAGCGUAUUGCUAGCCUAUUCUCUUUGGAGUUACCUUUCUUUUUAUUCCUUACAUCGAUUGCGUUUUUUUUUUCUUUUAAUUUUCUUUAUAUAUAUUUUUUUAUUAUUUUUCAACUUUUAAAUUUAUAGAAAUUUUGUUAAUUCAAAUCCUAUACAAAACAACAACAUCUUCAACCAGGAGUUCAACUGAAUUGAUGCAGCAUAUAUAAUUUAUAAAUAUUUAAAUUAAUCCAUACUCAAUCUCAAACACACACAUACACACAUAGAACAAACACAAAAAGUCUACUGAAAAAUAAUAAAAUUGUUUAUUAAUGAACUGUAAACAUAAAAAGGAA